AUGAAAGCAGAAGGGACCAUUGUGGGGAAGAAGAGAACCAACAGGAGUGGAGCGCGCGGAGGCCGGCGUGCGCAGGCUGCUCCCCCGAGCCCCGCUGGGGUUCCGCGCCCCCUCCCGGGCCUCCGUGCUUGCGGCGUCCUGGCGGUCCGCGCUGUGGCCUGGCUGCUCCUCGGGGCGGCUGGGCUUCUGCAAAGCGGGCUCACGGCCGACUCGAGCGACGCCCCCUUCGGCAUAAGGCCCACUUGCUCUGAAAUUAUUUUGAUGCAAGAAUUUUUAAAAGAUGGUUUCCAUAGAGACCUUUUAAUAAAAGUGAAAUUUGGAGAAAGCAUUGAGGAGUUACAGACCUGUCGACUCUUAAUUAAACAUUACAUCCCGACAGGACUUUUUGUGGAUCCUUAUGAGUUGGCUUCAUUACGAGAGAAAAAUCUAACAGAGGCAGUGAUGGUUUCAGAAAGUUUUAAUAUAGAAGCCCCUAACUAUUUGUCCGAGGAAUCUGAAGUCCUUAUUUAUGCCAGACAGGAUGCACAGUGCAUUGACUGCUUCCAAGCCUUUUUGCCUGUGCACUAUCGCUAUCACCGGCCACACAGGAAGGAUGGUGACAACCUUAGUGUGGUUAGCAACCCAGAUUUAUUGAUGUACUGUGACCAAGAGUUCCCAAUUUUGAAAUGCUGGGCUCAAUCACAAGUGCCAGCUCCUUGUGCUUUGAAGAGUAAGGAGAUCUGCCAGUGGAGCAACAUGAAGUAUAAAUCAAUACUUAAGAAUUUGAUCCUGCAAGUUCCGGUGGGGCUGACUGUACAUACCUCUUUAGUGUGUUCUGUGACUCUGCUCAUUACCAUCCUGUGUGCGACCCUGAUCCUGAUAGCUGUUUUCAAAUACGGCCGUUUUUGUCUACAAGUUUUAUACAGUUGUGUUUUCUACACAGCUAAUAAAAAAGACCUAUAUGUUUAA